AACAGUUGAAGACCGUGUGAACAUGUCGCUGUAUUACUGGCUCAUUGUGGUAACCGCAUUGCCCUGCGGAUAUUUUGCACAAACAUUGAAACAGACUGUCCCAUCCACGACCAGAAAUGUGGGUAAAACCGUUCGAUUCAAAUGCGAAGUCGAAGGAUUAACUAUCAGUAGCAGCGAUCCCCUUCACUGGUACCAGCAAAAACCCGGUCAGGCACCCACCCGAAUCCUUUAUUAUGGAUCAGGCACAACCUGGGAUCCGGGAUUUGGUGAUCGGUUCAAAGCUGAGAAAUCUAAAAAUAACGAAUUCUCCCUCAGAAUCGAAAAAUUACAGGAAGAGGACACGGCCACCUAUUACUGUGCCUGCUGGAUAUUGGCCGGUACAGGUUUGCAGUUUGGCAGUGGGACCAGGCUCAUUGUAACGGAAACAACUGCUCAGCCACCAAAAAUACAAAUCUUCCCUCCUAACAACACGGAACUGGAGAGAGAUAAAAAAGCGACCAUCGUCUGUCUCCUGACUGACUUCUUUCCCAAUGUCAUUCGGGUUCAAUGGUCUAUCGGGGAAAACAGCGCACUCGAAGACAAAGUGUCAACUGACUCAGUGGAAAAACAAGAAGACGGCAAUUACUCAGUGAUCAGUCGCCUGAAAAUCACUAAGUUUGAAUGGGACUCGAGCAGCAUUCACUGCAGCGCGGAGCAUGAAGCAACUCCAAACAAAGCCACGAUUAGCAAGCACUCCAUUUCCGCUAAUGUAAAAAAUAAUGCUGCAGACCAGACGUGUUCGCCGAGUACUCAGAACCAAACAGCAACGGAGACUAAAGAAUGGCCUUUGAGUUCAUUGCAGUUGGCGUCUUUUACAUACACGCUGCUGCUGAUGAAGAGCGUGGUCUAUUGUGGGAUUAUCUCGUUCAUCUUGUACAAAGUGGAGGACCGUGACGUGAAGAAGCCACUUAAUCCGGUAUCGACCACCUCCCAUUUCAAAAUUUGAUAACAGAUCUCUAUUUGGCUUAUGCUCCGAUUUCCUGUUUACACCCAGAAGUUGUACUUUAACUGUCAGUAUGAUCAGCUUACAACUGUCAUGUAAAUAUAUC